AAUGGAGGUAGAAGCAGAAGAAGAAGGAAAGGGAGGAUUUUGACCUCACGAUGAAGAUAUUUUUCUUGUCUUUUUCCUAUCAUUUUUCCUUAUAACUCUCCAUUCCUUCCUUCUUGUACAACUUUUUUCCGGGAACCCGCCGACGCCGACCAACCCGACGCCGGCGAGUUUUCCCACCUUUUUUACCCUUCUCCGAGGUUCCUCUGUUUUCAACUAUGCUCCUGAACGCAGGUUUUGUACAGUGUUAUUAUUAUUAUCUUUUUAAGGCCUCAAACGUACCAUGCAUUUUGUAACCAAAACUACCACAGGCAAUGCGUUGGUGGCAGAGCGCCUUUUCAUCUUCCUCCGGUUCGUCUUCCUCUUCCUCGUCAUGCUCCUCUUCCAAAGUAUACUCUGACGAUAGCCUCCUUGCCUCCGGUGGAGGCAUUCGUUACACCAUCAAAUCCGCUUUUUUCUUCGCCCGUAAGCGCCGACACGCUCGCGCGAAAAAACUCCAAAAUCUUACGGAACAUGACGGUGAUGACUGGCGUUCUCACUGUUCCAAUGAUAAUUUUCCGUCCAAAUGUUCCUCCGAUCGUCCGCCUCCGCAACCUUUGCCUUUGCCGGAGCUGCAUCUUGUGCUUCGCCACGAAUCUGAUGCGGUUUCGAAUGAACCCAAUGUACCACUGCCAUCGCCCUCAGACGCGCAUUUGCAUCAUAGAACUGGAGAGGAUUCUUCCACUCGUAAGGAUGGUGUAGCAUCCCAUGGGAGCAGAUUAUCAAGCCAAGAUGCUCGAAAGAAGAAAAAAGAGCACUUGGGAAGUCGCUUGUCUAGGAAGACACCUCAAAAGCUUCAUGUUGCUGAUAGAGUUUCUGAUAUCAGGAUCAGUGCACCCAUUAGUGCUCCUACAACUCCUUAUGCAAGUCCUGGAGUCAGUCCACUAAAAGCUGGGGAUCUUUUAAAUCAUAAUUACAUGGCAUUCCCUGGUGCUUUUCAAGUUUGUUCUGCCCCAGAGAUGCCUCCAUCGGACACACUUCAGUAUCCAGGUUUCCCUGGUGCUUUUCAAGUUUGUUCUGCCCCAGAGAUGCCUCCAUCGGACACACUUCAGUAUCCAGGUUUCUCUUACCACGUUCUCCCGGAGAAAAAUGCUUUUAGUGUUGAUAAUUCUCCUCAUCACAGUCCAAGAGUAAGCCCACAGAGGAGUGGAAAGAUCGCAAGUGGACCUGCAUCACCCUUGCAUCAAUUAUUACCAAAUGAGAACUCAACAGCACGCCGUGAGAGUAGUGCUCAGGGAAAUGUCCAUCCACUACCACUUCCUCCUUUGGGUGCCACUCCUUCACACCCUACUUCCAUUCCACCAGUUCCCUCUAAUGCAGAGUUGACACCAAUCAAAGGCCAAUGGCAAAAGGGAAAACUUAUUGGGCGUGGGACUUUUGGAAGUGUAUAUGUCGCAUCAAACAGAGAAACUGGAGCUUUAUGUGCGAUGAAAGAAGUUGAAUUAUUACCAGAUGAUCCGAAAUCUGCAGAGAGCAUAAGGCAAUUAGAGCAGGAAAUUAAUGUUCUCAGUCAUCUCAAGCACCCAAAUAUUGUCCAGUAUUACGGCAGCGAAAUAGUUGGUGACCGAUUUUACAUUUAUCUGGAAUAUGUUCAUCCUGGUUCUAUCAAUAAAUUCAUCCGUGAUCAUUGUGAAACAAUUACAGAAUCCAUAGUACGAAAUUUUACUCGCCAUAUUCUCUGUGGAUUGGCUUACUUGCAUAGCAAAAAAACCAUUCACAGGGAUAUAAAAGGGGCUAAUUUGCUUGUUGAUGCUUAUGGGGUCGUAAAGCUUGCAGAUUUUGGGAUGGCUAAGCAUCUCAAUGGGCAAGCUGCUAAUCUCUCCUUAAAGGGAAGUCCUUAUUGGAUGGCUCCUGAGCUCUUGCAGUCAGUUAUGCAGACGGAUACUACCACUGAUCUCGCCUUUGCCACUGAUAUAUGGAGUUUGGGUUGUACAGUAAUUGAAAUGCUGAACGGCAGACCACCUUGGAGUGAAUAUGAAGCAGCUGCAGCCAUGUUCAAGGUUCUAAAAGAUACGCCUCCAAUACCGGAAACAUUAUCACCUGAAGGGAAAGAUUUCUUGCGCUGUUGUUUCUGUAGGAACCCAGCGGAAAGGCCCUCGGCCAGCAUGUUAUUAGAACAUCGAUUUAUGAGAUUAUCUCAUCAGCCAGAUGUAUCUUCUUUCAUCAAACCAGUUGGUGUAAUACGAGUCAAAGAAAAGUUAAAUUCUCAAAAAGAGCAGACAACAUACAAUCUUGACCAAGGGCGUUUAUCGCUAGAGAGGUAGCUCUUAAAAAAACUGUCAAUGGAAGGGAAAAUUAGAUUGCAAAGGGACUGCUUAUGCGAACACGUUCAUGAGAUGGACAUUUCUUCAUUCCUGGACAUUUAUUCUUCUCUGCAAUUGGGACAGGCCAGCUGUGCAUCAUUGAGAUUCCAACUAAAUAUUGGAGCCCCAUCAUUUCGCUCGUUCAAAUCUCCUAUGGUCCUGUCGGCAUUUAAUCCCCAGCCUGCUCGGUGUAAAGUCAUUGCCAAAACUGGGUGCCACUACAAAAUCUCAACUGAUUUUGGGAUGGGAGUAGCAGUCAUUCUUUUUGGUUUCUCUUUCAACGAGAGCUGAACUUGUGAAUACAAUGUAAACCUCUAUAUAUGUGCUGUGUAGAUAGCUUGAAACCGACAACUAAGUUGGAGCCAGUAGGUGCUCUGGCUUGUUGUCAAUAUUAACACCUCGAAAGGAACAUAGGUUUAUUAUUAUCAUCCAGGGAAGUUUUUUCCUGCUGACCUUGGAGUUUAGAAGUAGAUUUUCUGUAAUGACUUCCAAAGCAGGAGAUUCAACAAUAAUCAAAAGAAAAUGAAAUGCUUUGACAAAUUAUACAAUUCUUUACUGAA